AAACUGUGUAUACCGGCGGGAUAUUAAAAACAAUUAGCAAAAGCUGGAAAGUAUUGUGUUUUUCUACAUUCGUUUAUCAAAUUCAGAGCAAUGAGCAACCGUAAAAAUAGACUGAGUCUAUCGAAGGACCUUCACAAGGAUAAAGAUGCAAAAACACCGAUGGCACGACGCACUUCCGCACGCUCAGCCAAGGGCAAGGCAAGUCCGGACGUGCAAAGGCAUGAUGAUAGUUAUGAAGUGUCGCCAUCACAGGGAAGUGACUAUUCGCCCCUGAUUUCGCUCACACAGGACACUUCCUUUCACGCCAUAAACGGUGUGUCGUGGGAAUGGAACAGCCCGCAGCGUCUUCGCGAGCAGCAGCGAUUAAAAAUUGCUGCUGCACCCGGCAACGGCCAUCACCACCACCAGAACAAACUUCCACUCAGGCCAAAGUAUUCGGAUAUACCGGAUACGGCACCGGUGAAAAAAGCAACCGGAUUUAACAAGUUCAUCUCGAAGUUGAAUCUUCUGAUGGAGAAGGAAAACGUCGUGGAGGAACAGCUGAAUGCACCCAUAACUGAUCCAGUUCCAGAUCCGGAAGAAUCUUAUUUCGGCGAGGAGUUUUUCGUUGAUAGCGAUACAAAGCAAAGCAUAGCAACCACUAAAAGUGAGGACAGUGAUGAUGAUAUCUUCCAAGAGCACGCUAUUGGAACUCCGGUUAAAAAGAGUGCCUCCAACACAACCGCUGCUGAGUUGGACGAUUCCAAGCUGGAUAAUUUGCUGAUCGAAGCUAGCCAGACGAUAGAAGAAAAGCUGAACCAACCUACAUCUCCACCACCACGCCCAGCGGCGUCGUCUCCGCCGCAACAAAAAAUACAACCAUUCGCUCCGAGGUCAAAAGUAAACGUACCCCUCGCUGCACUUCCGAUUGAGAUGAACGAUUCAGAUAUGGAUGGGUUUCUGGUGCAGGCAUCGCUGAUGGUUGAAGAAAAACUGAGCGAUAGUUCGCAGGAAUCGUCUUCAAAUAGUAACGUGCGUCCAACAACCGUGAGUCGCACGGAAACCGUUACUUCAAGCCAUCAUUCCCAAUUACCAGGUCCAAUUGCAGAUAAAAGGGACACAAAAUGUUCAACAUCUUCCUCUAGUGAAGGUACGCGGGAAACGACAAUGUCACAGGAAGAGCUGAAGGCACUGAUCGAAAAGAAGCGCCAGGAAGCGCUACGACGAUUACAAAACAAUCGAUUAAAACGGGUCAUGAAAGGCGCCAACACUCAUGGAUGAAAGUGAUCGAACGAAACAGGGUUUUUUUCUUAAUUUGUUAUGAACAAUUUACAAAGUAUAAUAA